UUCUUUUAUAUACAUACCUCCUCCUCUAGUCGUUAAAGCCAACCCAUCUGCUAUACACAACAGGAAAUUGAAAUGAGUAGUCUUGAUAUGGCAUCUCUGCCAGUGGAACCAAAUGUUCAAGAACUGGUUAGGAGUAAUCCAUUAAAGAUCCCCGAGAAGUACCUUUUAAAGAAUAUAGAUCAACAAGACAAGCCAAAGAGCAUAGCAAACACUAGUCAUGAUUUUUCUUCUGAUGAUAUCCCCAUCAUCGAUUUUUCUCUGCUCUCAAGUGGGCACGCGGAGGAGCUUAACAAACUGGAUCUGGCUUGCAAGGAAUGGGGAUUCUUCCAGCUCGUUAAUCAUGGAGUGGCAAGAGAAGUGUUGCAGGGCAUGAAGGAUGGUUCUGCAAAGUUCUUUGAACUUCCUUUAGAAGAGAAGAAUAAAAUUUCCAUGUCAACAGCAAAAGGCACAAGAGAAGGCUAUGGACAAGCCUCUGUGGCUACUGAAGAGCAGACACUCGACUGGUCCGACGCACUGGUUCUCAAUCUUUACCCAUCCCAGAUAAGGAACCUUGAGUAUUGGCCAACCACACCAAGGGGAUUCAAGGAGGCUAUUGAGGCAUAUGCUAGUGAAGUUAAAAGAGUUGGAGAGGAGAUCCUUAGAUCUCUGUCUUUAACUAUGGGGAUGGAGAAGGAUGUUCUUCUUGGACUGCAUCAAGAUUUGGCAGCAGCAUUGCGCAUAAACUACAUUCCUCCAUGCUCUAUGCCUGAUAAAGUACUAGGUCUAAGUGCACAUGCGGAUGCAGGCACCAUUACUGUACUUAUGCAAGAAGAUAAUGUUAUCGGAUUACAGAUUCGAAAUCAAGGACAAUGGGUGUCAGUCAAGCCGAUUCCAAACUCUUUCGUUGUGAAUGUUGGAGAUGCUCUUGAGAUAUGGAGCAACGGGAAGUAUAAAAGCAUUGAACACAGAGCUGUGACAAACGAAAGCAAGGCAAGGAUGUCUUAUGCAUCAUUUAUCUUUCCACAUGUCGAUGUGGAAAUUGAGCCGUUCGAUCAUAUACUGGAGUCAUCAGGGACCAUUCAGAUGUAUAAGAAGGUCAAAUAUGGAGAUUAUUUGAUUCAAUGCUUGAAGAGGAAAAUGGAGGGGAAGGAACACACUCAAAAUGCAAAAUUAGGAAGUACUUAAUUAAAUAAGCAUAUCUUUCCAUUUUCAUUUACUAGAAAAAUAAUUAAGCAUAUUUAGACAUUUAUAUAUGCAUGAUGAUGAUUUUAAAUUUUUACCUGGCUCGUAAUCGAUAACAUACAUUAAAGUCCCAUUUUAUUGUUGUUGUGUUGUAUUCGGAUUAUAUUGCUUUAGCCUUUAGGGACUUUAUCUA